AUGCCGGUUCAACGCACCUUAUUUGGUCGGCCCGUGCCAGCGAUAUCUCCUCGAAAAAUAGUAGUUCUUCUUGCGACAAUCUCCAUAUUUGCUGUUAUCACACUCGUCUUCACACUGCCAAGUUCGAUACCAGCAGGCCCUUCACUAGGGAAAUUUACAGAUCACAAGAUAUCCCUCCCAAAGCUUCCGAAGCAAUUGUCUACACCGAGCAUCCUCAACCCCUUUCGACCAGCAGCACACGCGCCCCAAUAUCCACAGAACAGUACCAGCGGAGAGUCAAAGUGGUAUGAGAACUGGAAUUGGCUCAGUCCAUUUUCGUCUUCCGUGACCCUGGACGAAAAUCGAUCAAUCCUUCCACCUCUCAGCAAACGAUACCCAGUAUACACAUACUACGACCACACGUUGGACAAAGAUGAAGAGUUGAAAGAUGCUGAGAAUGAGCUUUUGCUUACAUGGAGGAGGGCUUGGUGGGCGCAAGGGUUCAAACCAAUUAUUCUUAGCCCGGCCGAAGCCAUGAAUAACCCUCUAUACGCGGAACUUCAACAGAAAGAGCUUGAGCCCCCUCUUAAAACCGAAUUCUUCAGAUGGCUAGCAUGGGAAAACAUGGGGUCGGGAAUACUUUGCAAUUAUCUGACACUGCCAAUGGGGACAUAUGAGGAUCCUUUGCUCUCGUACUUGCGGCGUGGACAGUACGGUGCGACGCAUCAGUUGACAAGAUUCGAGAAGUUGGGCAGUGGUAUAUUUCUUGGAGAUAAACCGCAAAUCACCGCGGCUUUAAAGGCAAUUUUGGCAAACAAGGAAUUGAACAGCGCCAAGGACUUCAUAAGUGCGGCUCCUGAAGAUACCUUUUUCGUUGAUCCUCACCACGAGUCCCUGGCUUAUUACGACGCCCAAACUCUGGACGACAAGUACUCAAAGAUCGCAAAAAGUGUUGGUACGGCCAAAGGGCUGGGUUUAAGUCAAUUGAAUAAGCUCAUGACCUCUCAUCUGCAUAGCACUUGGCAGAAUAUUUUCUCUUCUGGCAUUGCUGUACUAAAGCCUCAGCCUGCACAUAUGUCGGCAAUGGUAGAACCGGCAUGGACUCUCGCACAGUUCCUUGCUCAGUGUGCGGAAUCCCCUCUGCCAGCAUCAUGUCCUCCAAACCUUCCAAGAUGCAAACCUUGUGUAUCUUCCACUCCAAUGAAGGUUGGCACGCCGCCAGCAUAUCUCAACACCUCAAGCCUCUACACGAUUGGCACAGUUCCGCAUCCGUUCACUUUCGCAGCAUUGACUUCUCUUCGAGAAUCAAUCGAUGUUCGGUGGAUAAGACGAGAGAUGGAGCGGGAUACCUGGGUCUCUAGUCUCACCAAGCGCACAUUAGGAACAGGAGUAUCUGGAGCGCCUCGCGUGAUCAAAUUCAAGGAAGCCGUGGCAAGCGAUUAUGGAAAGGCUCAUUCCCUUUGGAUUACGGCAGAGAAGGAUAUUCCUCACGAUCUUGACUGGCACUUUGGUUUUCCAAUCCCAAAAAAUACAACGGAUACUGGCAAGUCAGAGACUCCUGUUCCUGGACCAGAGCGCAGACCUCAGCCGGUGCAAGAUAUACAAGACGGGCCUGUAGCAACGAAAGAUGAGAAGGUUAAAGAGACGACGAUAUUGAAGAAAGCGAAAGAAUUCAUCAAAUCAAGAACCGCACCGGAAGAAACGAUCAAAGGCGCAAUUGAGGCGUGGAACCUGGCGGAUACCGAAGCCUGGAGAUUUGCGAGGGCAUUUUUGGCGAGGAGUAGAGUAGAACGUCUCAAGUGGGAAGAUGAGGAGAAGAAGUAUGCCGGUGGAGCAGGAGCUGAGCGAGGCAAGAGUGAAGGAUGGGGACGAUGGUUUGAUGAUUAA